GGUAUGGGGAUUUAAUGCGAGAGCCCUCGAGGGGCGAGUAUGAGAUGUCGGACGACUGCGAUAACUAUCGAGACUGACUGGUGCCCCCGCCAGGAAGAUAGGAGAGGAAUGUGGAUGGAAGAAGAUGAGGCGAUGGAGAGAGAGAUGGAGGAGGAAGAAGAAGAUCUCGAACUGGCCAGCAGCAGAAGAGAAAAUAGUGUUGAGUCUGUCUUGUCCGAGUCGGCGUUGGUGUCGCUGUUCCUGUUGCCUCUUUUUCUGGGGGGAACCAAUAAUCAAGAAUCGGUCAAUCACGGGUGGAGCUGCGGCUCCCCGACCGUUCUUCAGCAUCGUUACGGAUAGAGGAUCUCAACAUUAUGGAUUUGAUUGAUUUUGGUGUUUAUGAUAGUCGGUGCUUCGUAUUCUACGGAGCAUAAAAAGAUAUACAGAUCAGUGGGAAGUUGAAGAUCAGCAGGAACAGUAUCAUGGGAUCCACGACGCAUUCAACUGACUUGCAUCCACAGAGUACAUAUGACUGACAAGGGCAUGAGGUUCCAAUCAAAAGAAUCCGGCGAUAAUUGACAUAUUGCCAUUCUAUCUGCUUUAUGCUUGCAGUUAAUCAGGUUGAAUAACAUCUAUCAACUGCUCCCUCCUCCGUCCAGUCUCACCGCAAUAUGAUCCCGCAGCAAUAGCCGAAGUUAUUGCCACCAAAAAAAUGGAGACUGUUGAGCAGUUCGAUUCAAUAACUGCAUAUUGUGCAGUCCUCAAAGGCAUACCCCGUGAUGUACCCCAACAGUAUGGAGUAUCAACAUG